UCCUACCAUCACUCACGCCCAUAGUUUCCUCCAUGCGCAGCUCUACACGUUUAGCAGAGAAGCGCCAGCAUACACGCGCAGCCGAAUCCGAAGACCGCGACUACGAUCCCGAUACGGACGAGGAGACUCGCGCGUCGCAUCCAGCGAAAAGACGCAAGGGCAACUGCGGGAAAUCAGCUAAUCCAAAGACCGCAAAACAAACACGAAGGCGCGGCAAAAGUCUAGCCGAUCUCCCCAGCAUGCCCCUCGAUAUACUAUACGAGAUCUUCGGCUACCUUCACCCUCUGGACCUGCUUCACGUCUCCCGAGCGACUAAGGCGCUACGUGCAAUACUUCUCAGCCGCUCCGCUACAUCUGUCUGGAAGCGUAGCUUCUCAUCUGUCGAGGACGCGCCCUCCAUCCCCGAUGAUAUCAGCAUCCCUCACUUGUCUAGCCUGAUGUUUGAAAGCGCCUGCCAGUUCUGCCUGUCGCGUACGACCAACGUCGAUUGGGAAUGCCGUGCCCGAGUAUGCAAAAAAUGCGUCGAUAAGUACUACCUGACAGAGCGGGAGAAGUUCGAGUUCAUGUGCAACAGCAAGUUAAUCUACGGAAGUAUUCGCAGCGUACUUCCCGACCCUAUCACGUUCGGCGACGGUGGAUCCCGGACGAAGACGAUCCGGUUCGCGCGGUCGACGUUUGACCGGUAUGUUGCAGAGUAUACGCACCUCGUCAAGACCAAUGCGGAUGCUACUGCAAUCGAAGCCUGGCGCAAGAAUAAGAAGGAAUAUCUUGAUAUGAUUACAGAGCACGCGGCAGAGUGUAGGGUCUGGCAGUUGACCCAAGAGCAAUCUCGAGAGGAUGAGCUUGACCAGCUUCGGCUACAACGCCGUGAAGUAAUCGCCGAGCAUCUAUCAAAUGAAGGCUGGGCCGACGAGCUAGCGCUGCAGGGUGUUACCAUCCUCGAAGAUCACGUAGAAGGCCGCAAAGCGCAGCGUCUCACUGAACGCGGCUGGCUCAAGAUCAAGGACCAGAUGAUCGCGUUCAUGGAGCAUUGGAAGCACGCGCGCAUUCAAGCCUACCGCGCCUUCACUCGCGCGCGCUACAUGUUCAUGCUGGGCUUCUACGAGGACCUCGUGCGCUCCACGACCGUCAUCUGGCGCAAUCCCGACCCCAGCCUCGACCUCUACCCCGGCACGCACGACAUCCUCCCGCCCGCCGGCGACGUCCUGCGCGACCCGGGCAUCCGCAAUCUCAUCCAGACCUUCGACUUCAGCCUUGGCAUCGACUACAGCCUCAACCUCAUGGCCGCGCGGGCGCCCAGCGUGCUCGACCAGGUCCCGAACUCGUCUGUUCGUCUGUGGCGCCGUCGCGUCGAAGAGGACCUCCUCGCCCUCAUGCGCGCCGCGCGGCCGGACAUCGAAGCCACGAAGACCGCCCACCUCUACCGCGCGACCACGCACUUCGUCGUCGGCGCGCACCCGGACGUGGGCUUCGUGGGCUACCCGCGCGUACUCACCGACGCGCGGGUGACUGACUACGCGAAGUUCAUCCCCGAUGAGGACACGCUGGACGCGUACAAGUUGGAGCAGAUGGGGCUCAACACGAUCAGGCGCCAGCCGUGGUCGACGGAGCGCGUGUUCUUCUCGGUGGCGAUGUACGACAGGGCGAGGGAGAUCGUGCGGAUGGUGGGGGAUGAUCCGGAUUCGAGGACCGCGGCGGAGCUGGACUUGAAGGACCCGUGGUUCAGGCUUCGGGAUACGGACGAGGUCUGGCAGUGGCGAACGGUGCUAUACUCUUCCCGGAUGCUUGGUCAGUUCACCCUUCUCGGCGAGGAGGAAGCGCGGCGCGCCCGGGACUGUUACGAGUGGCGUCCUACGUUCGACGACGAGGACGCGGAGUGCACGCACUGCACCCUGGACCCCGACCCGCCGCUAUUCUUCGCCAGUGCCCUGCUAUAUGAGCAUCUCGAGCAAGCUCAUGGCAUUACUCGCGUCAAACCAUCAGAUUUCGCGUUGAGGCCUCAAAGUGCUUUACAGCCUCCGGGCAAGACCGUGCUUGCGACGCAGUGAGGCCUCCUUCGCGGCGAGUUCUACGGUAUUCGUAGGGAGUCACUCAUUCAAAUCAUGUAUUUUCGUAUGAUCCUUCGUGCUAUACUAGCGUGGCUUACAAUUAUCGAGACGUCGC